AUGAGCCCAAGCUACUGCAUCAGUCCUCAGGCUCUGAGUACAAUCAUCAGGCACUACAACAAAGGGGGGAGAAUCUUCUUUGAUGACUACGUGGCCUGCUGUGUGCAGCUGAAGUCUGUGAUAGAGGAGCUGCCUGGGAAGUUGGAGACAGUUUUAGCUGAGUCGGGCUCCAACUUCAGCGUGGGCCAGAGGCAGCUGGUGUGUCUGGCCAGAGCCAUCCUGAGGAAGAACUGCAUCCUCAUCACUGAUGAAGCCACUGCUAUUGUGGACCCCAGGACAGAUGAACUGAUUCAGAGAACCUUACGGGAAAAGUUCAAUGAGUGCACCGUGCUGACCAUCGCUCAUCGUCUAAACACCAUCAUAGAAAGCGAUAGGAUAUUGUUCCGCGUUCAAGUUCAAACCCUGAACUGA